CUAUGUUAGACCCUGACCAUAUUGGAGGAACACUUUCUUACAUACCUUCCUACAUCUUAGGUACCACACUAUUUGAAAGUGAAAUAUUAUAUUGUGAAGCACCAACACAUCAUAUUAAAGACGUGUCUGGUGCACAACAUGCAACACGUCCAACAUGAUACUGACAUAUAUGAUGAUUGAUUAUAUUCUAUUACUUCUAUCUUUUUUAAACUAUUAUCAGUGUUCGCGUGUCAGUGUCAGUGUUAUUAUGUCCGUGUUUUGUUUGUUACUAAGUGGCCUCCUUUGAGAUUAUUUGAAGUAUUAUUGCUCUUUAGUCAAGAGAUCCUGUUGUUGGGGAAUCUAAACUGAUGUGAUCUAGUGUAUAUGUUCACGGUUCACUGGAAGCCUAGCACUCAAAAUCCAUCAAAUCUCCAUCAUCAAUUCUGGAUUUUAGUGUAUCUGUACUAAAAUUUCAUGUGCACUUGUUAACUUUUCACUAGUGCAGCAGAUUACAAAACUGAUGGAAAAAAACAACAUAUAUACAUAUUCAAGAAUCAUUCAGGAAAAAGAAGAAUCUUAUAUAAAUCUGAUUGUUAGAGAUGUUGCAAAUGGGAAUAUUGAUGUCUAUUCAGACACUGAAUCAUCCACAAUUUCUGAUUGGUUUUGGUUUUGUUACCUUUAGAAACAAAACUCAUAUUCAACACAGAACAAGAUCAUCAAAUUCAGUUUUUCUUACUGAUGAGAGUGGAAACUAUGAAGAAUCAAGUAAUGGUAGUACUUCCCUGAUGAAAACUCAGAAAUCUUCUGCAUCAUGCUUCAUGUUAAGCCAACAAAAUACUAUUGGUAUUAUAGGAGGAGUAUCAGUUCUAUCAACUCUUGUUUUCUUGGAAAAGCUAGCUUGUUGGAGCUCAAGGAAUGGUAAAGAAUGUCCACCUUUUGUCGUCUGCAGCGAUCCUGUGUUAAGCAAGGCGCUUUCGUUACGCGGUUCUUUUCCUUCUACAAGAAAUAGAAUAGAUCAUAUCAAAUUGAAUCAGGAGUUAAUGAUUAAGAAUUUGCAGCACAAGCGAAACGUUCUUCAGCAAUCCGGAGCUCGUGGUUUGGCCAUGCCUUGUCAUCUGUCACAUGCUUGGCACAGUGAAAUUUCUGAGGAUAGUUCUCUACCUUUUCUUCAUAUUGGUGACUGUGUGGCCAUGGAACUCAAGAAGGCUAAGAUGAAGCCGAUUCAUGCUGCGAGUACCGUGCGGAUUGGACUGCUCACUACAGAUUCAUUCUUUGUAGUAUGUUAUUACAAGGAAAAGCUUCAAAGUCAGGGUUUUGAAGUGGUUUUGCUAGACAAAGAAACUGAGGAACAUUUACUAGUUCCUGCUGUGGAGGCUUUGCAGAGAAAGGACAUAGAAGGGGCAAGGAAUUUGCUGAGAAUUGCAAUCCAUGUUCUUUUGGUGAGGGGAGUGAAUGUAGUGAUUCUGGCAUCUGAUGAUUUGCUAGGGAUUCUCCCUCACAAUGAUCCUCUUAUUAGGAAAUGUAUAGAUCCUAUGGAUGCUUUGGCUAGAUCAAUUAUACAUUGGGCAGAAACAGCAACAAAGGUACCUGGGAGAUUCUAGUUUUCCUUUCCUCACCUCCAAAAUCAUGGCAUAAACAUUCAAGCAUUUCUGUAAAAAAUAGCAGCUCCAUAUGAAUGGAUCCAAAUACUUCCCAAUACAGCUAUCUCCCUAUUCAUAUCUCUUUCUGUCCAUCAUCUAUCAUUCUUCCAUUCUCGGACUCAGAUCAUCUGCCGUUGGCUUUAUGGUGCAUCCAACUGCGGUUAGAUUGAGAAAGAGAAAAAUUAAUUUAAUAGUGUAGCCUGUCUGUAGUUAUUCUAUUUGAAAGUGUUGCAGAUUUAAGGAUUGGUUCUAUUUAUGUUACUUAGUCAUGUUCAGUUUUUACUUAUCUAUUGUUACUUCACUCCUCUUAGUUGGUUAUCCACCUCUUCACUCUUGUAUAUAUAUUCACUUUUUCGUUCAUUCAAUGAAGUAAUAAGAAUUAUUUACUAAA